GUCUACCUUUUAACAACGUGCUGCUGUUAUGUUGUCAGACAUGAGCAGACCAUGAGGAGCUUUGUGAAGACCACUCAAGCGAAAAUGCUGCUCCACAACAAGUUUGUGGUAAUUCUGGGAGGAUCAGUGCAGCGGUCCAUGUACAAAGACCUUGUGCGACUCCUACAGACAGAGAAGUUCUUGACCCUGUCUCAGCUCAAGUCCAAAGGGGAACACUCAUUUGAGAGGGACCAGCUGCUAGAAGGGGGUAGCCUGGGUCUCAUGUCCAAUGGGACAGAGUACAGAGAGGUGCGGCAGUACCGCACAGAACACCACCUGCUGCGCUUCUACUUCAUCACGCGUGUAUACUCUGUGUACAUGCAGAGCAUCCUGGACCAGCUCAGACAGGGGUUCAAGCCCGACCUCAUCAUCGUCAGCUCCUGUGUGUGGGACAUGACGCGGUAUGGCCCGAACUGCCUGGAGAAGUACAAAGAGAACCUGCACAGAUUCUUUGGACAGAUGAAAAGUAUGGUGUGUCACAACAGCCUGAUGGUCUGGACCCUGGCCAUGCCUCUGGCCAAGAAGAUUAAAGGAGGCUUCCUAGUGCCUGAGGUGAGCCACCUGUGGCCCUCCCUCUGCCAGGACAUCAUCGAGGCAAACUUCUACAGCGGGCAGCUGGCUGACACUUACGGCCUUGACAUCUUAGACCUCCACUUCCACUUCAGGCGGUGUCUGCAGCACCGUAUGCCCGAUGGAGUUCACUGGGAUGCCCUGGCCCACCGUUCCAUUAGCACCCUCCUGCUACUGCAUGUGGCUCAGGCCUGGGGAGUCAUCCUCAAGGUGGACUCUUCCAUCUCUGCCUCCCCAGCUCCACCCCCUCCUGCUAGUUCUGCUGCACCAGAUGCUCCUUUCUGUGCUCCGUGGCAACACUUCCCCAGACCUGCCUUUAGAAUGCACCCCUCCCCACAUCCUCUGCUCCCACCCUCAGGGAGAAUGAUGUUCCCUCUCCACCCUCCCUUCAGAUGUCCCCCGCCAGACUGGGGUGGAGGAUGGGGUCCAGUGCGAGGGGGCUGCUCUGGAAUUGUGAGGAGGAGAAGACUGAACAGCAGAAUGCACCCGUACUACCCCCCAGCACCCGAACUACCCCCCAUGUGGAGACAGUGACGUACACCCAGAGGAGACCCCUCACAUGCUUUACUGUACACUAUUGUAAUUCUGAACGAUAAUGUGAAAAAUAAAAUGUUUUGCUGUG